AUAAUAAUAAUGAGAGCUGCAGUACUAUAUAAAUUGGGAUCACCAAAGUUUGUUAGUGACUUUGUUGUACCUACACCAGCUAAUGAUCAACAGGUGGUUGUAAAGGUGUUGACAUCGACGAUCAAACAAUUGGAUCGUUCAAAGGCUAAUGGUAAACAUUAUUUGGCUUAUAAGGAAUUCCCUUGUACCGUUGGCGUGGACGGAGUCGCUCAGUUGGACGACGGUACACUCAUCUAUGCAAUGGGUAUCACUGGAAUGCUUGCAGAGAAGGCAGUGGUCACAAAGAACAAGUGGACUGUGUUGGACAAGGGCUCUGAUCCUCAGGUGGCCGCUGCCCUCCCCAACGCUGUACUCGGAGCUGCGAUGGCAUUGAAGGAGCGUGCUCAGAUCAAGCCCAACGACGUCGUGCUGAUCAAUGGUGCAACGGGAUUCACUGGCAAGCUGGCCGUUCAGCUGGCGAGACUGUAUGGCGCAUCAAAGGUGUACGCAACUGGUCGCAAUGAGACCGCACUCAAAGAGUUGAAGGAGGAACUUGGUGCGGACCAAGUUUUCAAGAUUGAUCAACCCGAUGAUGUGUUGAUCGAUCAGUUCAAACAACUACACAAGACAACUCCCAUCGACAUUGUGAUCGACUAUCUAUACAGCAAACCAUUGGAACUCAUUAUAACUGCAUUGAGCACGAGUGGCGCUGGUCACCAUCGCACAAGGAUAGUGACAGUCGGUGAGAUGGCCGGACCAACAAUCAACAUCAAGUCCGCUACACUUAGAAGCACGGGCAUUGAGCUCAUGGGAUCUGGAUUCGGCAGCUACCCAGCCAAUGGUAUCGAGCUAUUCAUCAAUGAAAACAUCAACCAACUGCUCAAGGAGAACCGCGAGGGCAGGCUCAAGGUGCCCAUCUUUGUCUCGCCGCUCGAGGACAUUGAGUCCACCUGGGACAAGUCGACCGAGGAGGGUAGAGUCGUCGUCCAAAUCAGU